AACAUUGUUGGAACAUUCUAGAACCACGUGGCUUAUGUAAGCUUCCAGCAGACGCUCAUCUUCUUUACUUCACGUUAACUUCGCCAGAGCUAGUCUUGCCGGUUGACGAGAAACACGUAGUUUUUACACUCAUACAUCAACAAAAAUUACAAUGGCAGGCGCACUGAAACGAUUUAUCCCAAUGUUCGAUCGUGUUUUGAUCGAAAGGGCCGAGGCCUUGACUAAAACACGAGGUGGAAUUGUUAUUCCCGAGAAGGCUCAACAAAAAGUUCUGAAAGGCACAGUCGUUGCAGUUGGACCAGGAUCUCGAACAGAUAAAGGAGAUUUAGUUCCCCUUGCUGUGAAGGUUGGUGAUAAUGUUUUGCUUCCUGAAUACGGUGGCACUAAAGUUGAAAUUGAAGACAAAGAAUACCACCUAUUCCGUGAGAGUGAUUUGUUGGCCAAGAUUGAACAAUAAUUGAUAUAAAACCUUUUCCCUGUUAAAUUGAAUGAAUGGGAAUAUUUGGGCGUCAGAUUUUGUAUGGUAGUCAUUAUAUCAUGUGCAGUUUAGGAGAAUAAAAAAUCCACUUUUGUUAUA